CUGAGGAAAUCCAAUCUUUGUCCCUGGCUGAUCCAGGCUUUGUCUCGUCCCUGUCCAUGCUGCUUUAUUCAUUUUACGGGGUUCAUCCUAGAUGGAUAUUGUGAUGAUCAUCCUUCGACACAUUCAAUGUCGAAAUGUCGAAUAGACCACUGCAUCACAGAUCUAUAUCACAGAGCCACUAUUAUAACCACCCCGAUCUUAGUCGGUUACUAGUGUACGCCCCGGAGAUCUCUGCUCUCCAUUCACAGCUUCGACCUUUGUUGAUGUGGACUGACCUUUCUGCUUGGGCACUUCUGCUUGGCGGUCUUUGAUUUACGUUUGGAAUGAGUUAAGAGCCGCAAUAUGAUUGAACCGCUCGACAAGAGGGCGGCGUAUGCUCGAUGGUUGCUCGAUGCUCUUCUCCACAGCCUCACUAUGCAUCGGAAGCUAAGUGACGAUCUUCCACAAUACCUUCACUACAUGUUACAUCUUCAAAAAAGUUGCCCCGAACGUGCCGAUCCGCUUACCAAAGAGAUGGCGACACGACAGACGCCGACGCUCAGCCGCCCAGACAUUCGCAUUUACAAAGCUGAUAUCGUGAAAAAUCGGAAACCGCCGAGCCCUGCACAGGCUUCCUCAACAGCAUCGCGGUCUCAUGCAACGGAGCUGUACACGGACACUUGCAGCGCCGGCUUCGUCAUGUGGACGUGGCUACCCGGUGGCUGGCCUCCAACGAGUACAGCACGGUAUGCUCUGACGCGCUGGUUGGCCUUGCCUACAUCCGAGUACAAGCGACUUCCAUUCGUGAUCCGCAACUUUUGCACUGAGUUGACGUAA